CUAAGAGGAUGUAUACAGGCCCAGCAUUCCUACAGAAAAAUCAGAAAAUAAUACAAGGUAGUUUAUACUAAACUUCUACCCACCAGCACACACAGACCAGGCCUCUCACCACUCCAUGGGAGCCUGCGUGGCAGCAGCCUGGAACCCAGAGCCUUUCCUGGAGCCGGCACGAUCCGGACGGAAGCCGAUGCCGCACAGAGCGCCUGAGGUGCGACCCAGCCAGGACGCAGCUGCCUUUUGAGAGGCCCGCAUGCCUCCGCGUCCCCCCGGGGACCGCCGGGACUCAUUCUCUUGGCAGACUUGUGGCCAGCCAAAACUGCCAUGCUCCACAUCCCCGUUAUCCUGGGUUACCGCCCGAGAUUGGCUCACAGAAGAGAUGAAAUGUGGUCUGAGGGACGACAUGACUACGAAAGGCUUCCAAGAGAACGAGCACCUCCUCGAAAUCACCCCAGUGAUGGCUACCAUAGAGUAGUUAAUAUUGUGACAAAGAGACCACCACUGCUAGACAGACCGGGUGAAGGAGGCUACAGUAGAUAUUACAGUCAUGUUGAUUACCGAGACUAUGACGAGGGCCGCAGUUUUUCUCAUGGUCGAAGAAGUGGUCCACCUCACAGAGGAGAUGAAUCUAACUAUAAGUGGACAAGAGAUGAUCAUUCUGGAAGUCGUCAGCCUGAAUACAGGGACAUGAGAGAUGGCUUUAGAAGAAAAAGCUUCCACGCUUCCCAUUAUGGGAGAGACCGGUCUCCUCAUAAAAGAGAAAAUCCGUUUUUAAGAGAAUCACCUGUUGGCAGAAAGGAUUCUCCACACAGCAGAUCUGGCUCCAGUGUCAGUAGUAGAAGCUACUCUCCAGAAAGAAGCAAAACUUACUCUUUCCAUCAGUCUCAACAUAGAAAACCCGUGCGUGCUGCUGCUUCCUACAAACGGCAGAAUGAAGGAAAGCCAGCAAGAGAUAAAGAGAGACCUGUUCAGUCUUUGAAAACAUCAAGAGACACUUCACCCUCAAGUUCUUCAACAGUUCCUUCAUCAAAGGUGUUAGACAAACCCAGUAAGCUAACUCAAAAGGAACUUGCUGAGGCUGCAAGCAAGUGGGCUGCUGAGAAGCUAGAGAAGGCAGAUGAAAGUAACUUACCUGAAAUUUCUGAGUAUGAGGCAGGAUCCACAGCACCAUUGUUCAUUGACCAGUCAGAAGAACCUGAGUCAAAUGCAGCAGAUGGCAUAGAAUUAUUUGAAGAUAGUCAGCUAAACAGCCGCUCCAAAGCAAUAGCAUCAAAAACCAAAGAGAUUGAACAGGUUUACCGACAAGACUGUGAAACUUUCGGGAUGGUUGUGAAAAUGCUGAUUGAAAAAGAUCCUUCAUUAGAAAAGUCCAUACAGUUUGCAUUGAGACAGAAUUUACAUGAAAUAGGCGAGCGGUGUGUGGAAGAACUCAAGCAUUUCAUUGCAGAGUAUGACACCUCUAAUCAAGACUUUGGAGAGCCUUUUUAAAAAUUUACUUUGCUCAGGCCAAAAAAAAAAAAAAGGUACUAUAGUCCCUCUCCCCCACUGGAUUGUGUAAAUCCUUAAAAUAUGGAUUUUUUUUUUUAUGAAGAGAAAUACUUUAUUAUAGUUGACCACAAUUCCAAUAUCAAAUAAACAUCUAAAAUAGUCUUAA